ACUUGCGCCACCGACUCCCGUCCCUCCCUGCCAGACCCCGCUGCCGCUACGUGCACACAGCUACCCCUACUACAUAGCCCAGCCAGCACUGGGCCAUCAUUACACCAUCACUCAGUGGUGCUCUGCUCAGCUCGGCUCAGUGCUCUCCACCAGUCCGCCCCACCCCACUCCAUCCCGAGCUGAGCUGAGACGACACCAGCGGCCAAGCUCCAGACGCCGACGACCGAGGAGGAGAGGGUGAUGGAGGCGCGGCGGCGGACGUUGCUGGUGGCGCUGGCGGUGCUGGCCCUGGCGGCGGCGGCGGAGGGGUACAACAUCACCAAGAUCCUGGCGGCGUACCCGGAGUACUCGCAGUUCAACAAGCUGCUGACGCAGACGCGGCUGGCGCAGGACAUCAACAAGCGCCGCACCAUCACCGUGCUCGUCGUGGCCAACGGCGACAUGGGCAGCCUCGCCGGCGGGGGCCGCACGCUGCAGACCAUCCGCCACAUGCUCCAGAUUCACGUCCUCGUCGACUACUACGGCGGCAAGAAGCUCCACCAGCUCGCGCACGGCGUCACCGCAUGCUCCUCCAUGUUCCAGGAGUCCGGCGCGGCCCCCGGCAUGUCCGGGUACGUGAACAUCACGCAGCACCGGGGCGGCAAGGUGACGUUCACGGCGGAGGACGCGGAGGACAGCGCGCCGUCCUCCGCCUUCGUCAAGUCCGUCAAGGAGAUCCCCUACGACCUGGCGGUGCUCCAGAUCAGCAAGGUGCUGGCCUCGCCGGAGGCCGAGGCGCCCGUGGCGGCGCCGGCGCCCGUCAACAUCACCGAGCUGCUCUCCAAGAAGUACUGCAAGAGCUUCGCGGGCCUGCUGGCCGCCGACGCCGACGCCUACAGCACCAUCAACGCCACCAAGGACAACGGGCUCACCCUCUUCUGCCCCGUCGACUCCGCCGUCGCCUCCUUCAUGCCCAAGUACAAGAACCUGACGGCCAAGGGCCGGACGGCCAUCCUGCUCUACCACGCCGUGCCGGACUACUACUCGCUGCAGCUGCUCACCUCCAACAGCGGCAAGGUGAGCACGCUCGCCACCUCCAACGUCGCCAAGAAGGACUACAGCUUCGACGUGGAGAAGGACGGCGAGACCGCGGAGCUCGACACCAAGGUGAACUCGGCGUCGGUCACCUACACCAUCAAGGACGACGACCCGCUCGCCGUCUACGCCAUCUCCAAGUUCCUGCAGCCCAAGGAGCUGUACAAGAUCGCCAAGGACAUCGCCCCCGCGCCGGCGCCCGAGGCCCCCAAGAAGAAGAAGACCACCAAGAAGAAGCCCUCCGCGGCCGCCUCGCCCUCGGACGACGACGACGACUCCACCGCGGACUCGCCCGACGACUCCUCGUCUGACGACGCCACCGCCGACAAGGACGGCGCCGCGCCGUCCGCGGUCGCCGGGUGGGUGACGGCCGCGGUGGCCGUGGCCUCGGCGCUGGCAUUGGCAGCUUAAUAAGGUGUGUGAACUAGUGUGUUUUUGUGCUGAGUUCUCCGAAAAUUCGUGGCCCUUGUUAUUUAUCGCGAAAAAUAAGAAGGCCAUUUCAUUCAUAUUUAUUACCGCAUGUCCUGAAGAAAAAGAAGGAAAAAGACAGGAAUUUCCGGGUUUUUGUUGUGAUGAUCAUUUUGUAAUGAUAGUGGUCAAUGGGACUGGAAUGUGUGUUUGUGUUUAUAAUACUACUCCUAUAUAUGAAAGACAUCCUGGAGCUUAGAGUGAUGUA